AUGGCGAAUGCGGAAGAAACUGCUUUGCCGGCUACGGCGGUCUCUCCUUCCCCGGUCUCUUUCAGCUUCAGCCGCACGUCCUCUCGGAGGCGUAUGGUGGACCUUGAACACAGUAAGAGGACUGCCCCCGAGGAGAAGGAUUUCUUGAGUACUGUGGAAGAGAGGGAGCUGCAGAGUGUGAAGCCUUCAGAAGGCGCCAAGGAACUUGUUAUCCCUUUAAUCCAGAAUAGACACCACAGGCAGCUAUUGACUAAAGCACCUGGACCGUCAACAGGUGCUGAGGCCUUGGCGGAUGAGGCCUUGGCGGAUGAGGCGCUUCUGUCCCAGGCAGCAGAGGAGCUCAUUGAGGAAUCCAGAAAGACUCUGGAGGAGAGAGAGAAUGAGAACGUCAACGCCACGCUCACUAUCCCUAUGAUCCCGAAAGAAGGCAACUCCAGUGGGGAAGGAGCAGGCAGCAAACUCCAGGCUGAAACGGUACCAGAGGAGGCAGAUUAUGAGACGGUACCUGUGGAGGCUUAUGGACUGGCCAUGCUUCGGGGUAUGGGCUGGAAACCUGGUCAGGGCAUUGGCCGUACCUUCAAUCAAGUUGUGAAGCCUCGUGUCAGUGCGCUGAGGCCUAAGGGGUUAGGACUUGGUGCCAACCUGACUGAGGCCCAAGCCCUAGCCUGUACAGCCCCCCACCGAGUGCCUAAGCCGGAUGAGGAACAAGAGAAGCUGAAAGAAGGUGAGCCUCAAGGACUGGUGCCUGGAAGAGCUGUAGUGGUUCGAUCUGGCCCCCACCGAGGCAUUUAUGGGAAGGUAGAGGGCCUUGAUCCUGACAAUGCCCGAGCCAUGGUUCGUCUGGCAGUGGGGAACCAAGUGGUGACUAUUAGUGAAUACUGCCUACUGCCUGUCUCACAGCAGGAGUUUGACAAGAACUUGCAUUUAAGUCAGGUGAGAAAAACUUCCUCAGAGCAACAGAAUGGAACAGCCUCAUCUUUGAAGGCACUUCAGGAGAGGAAGCGGAAACGCCCUCCAGAUCAACAAGAUGGAUUCACAGUUAAAAGUGCGAAAGCAAGCCCAAAGAAACAACACUGGUUACGCAGAGACCUGCGUGUGCGGUUUGUGGACAAGUUGCACAAAGGUGGCCAGUAUUACAACACCAAGAUGAUAAUUGAAGAUGUCCUCAGCCCAGAUACUUGUGUGUGUCGGACAGAUGAAAACCAGAUCCUAGAAGACCUGAGGGAAGACAUGCUGGAAACCCUGAUUCCCAAGGUCCGUGGCGAACGGGUAAUGGUGGUGCUGGGACCCCAAGCUGGAAGGGUAGGACAGCUAAUUGACUGGGACACAGAACGGAACCGAGCUUUGGUGCGGCUUCAGAGAGAGAAUCAGUUGGUGGAGCUUCACUAUGAUGCUGUCUGCCAGUACAUGGGUCCCAGCAACUCAGAUGAAGACUGA